AUGUUUGACCUUCCGGACGCGAAACGUGUGCGCCGUUCAGAUCUAUAUACUCGAUCCUCAUCAUCAUCUCCUGAACCACCUUCACCAAUCGACCCUGAUAUCUCCGCUCGAUUUCACAACCAGCUUGCUUCACUAUAUGGACCUAUUUCAUUUCAAUCAUGCGCGACCGGAAACGCGUCAAACCCUGAAUCCAUAAACGAUGCUCCACAUUCACCACCAUUAGGAGAUAACCAGGACCAGGCAGAGGAAUUUGACUUUCGGCUUUUCUCAAAUGUCCAAGAAGGCAAGAUAGUCCUCAAGGAGGAGGCAAUUGAUAAAGGGAUUUUUGUUGUUCAGGAAAGGGACAAGAGUUACUACUUCACCGGCCCAAUUGAGGGGCAACGUAAAGAGAAAUACGCCAUUGCGGCAAUUAGUGGAGAAAAUAUUUUGGAAGGCAGAGGUAAAAGAUAUUGGGGCUUGGAAGUUCCGUGGCGAGUCCGGGUUGUGAAGAUUGGUGUUGGUGGACAGAAGAAGCUGGGAAGUAAUGGCCUCCUCGGGGCCAGAAACAGUUCCAAUGUGGAGAAGAGGAGGAAACUAGGCAAGAAGAAGAGGAUUCUCAUGAGAGAGAGGAGAAGGGCAAUUGAGGCUCAAGAACAGGCAAUGACCAGGGAGAAGGAAAGCAAAGAGGAGGCAGACAAAGAGAGGAGAGCUAGGAAGAACAGAGAGAAAAAAGUUAAGAGGAAGGCAAAGGAGAAGGCAUUGAAAGCUGCUGCUGGAGGGAUUGACCAGACCGAGCCCGGAGUUGACGGAGCCGAUGAAUGAAGAAGAAAGGACCAAUUCAUUGUCGGUCGCAGCCGGAUCGACAUUUACGAUGGGAGAAGAACAAAAUCCUUCAAUCUGCGAUUCGUAACCCCACUCGAACUUCCGAUAGCCUUCGAUUUUCCCAUGUGCAUCUACGAAGGACGAUAACCCCUCCAAAGAACCCCUUGCGUAAAUGCAACCAUAAUUUAACUACCCCCCACUAUACAAAUUCUUUGUCGCAUCUCACCCACAACACAAACGGGAAGGAACUACACUAUCCAACCCAACUAAACAAUUUUCCUCGUGGUUUCUAGGAUUUAGCAUUAAAGCUAUGCAUUUGACAUAUCACAACGGUAGUACUUGUACAACACGUUCCUCCCGUCCCGUGCUCAGGAGGAGGCUUGAAAGCCUCAAUCACAGCCUCGAUCCUUUAGUCGCAUCUACGAGAACGCAAAAUAGCUUCAGAACAUUCACGAAAACACACACCCUCUUACUUUUAUUUUCAAGGAUUCCGAAGGAUCAAAUAGCAUGAAAUGAAGGAUUUCUUCUCUCAUACCAUUGUUUCCCUAGAUCAAAGACAGUCAAGCAUACCAAGUCCUUCACUUGUACCUAUUUGCCGGUCCCUGCAGCUACGCCGUACUUCUGCGACUUCGUACAUUUCUGGGUAUGCCUUGGCCGCCGGCUUGCUAGUAUGACAAAUAGAUUAUUCUAUGAGAUGGCAUGUUCCAUGCCACGAUUGAUUUUCGGACUGAACACCUUCCAUAAACAACCAAGUAUACAUCUAUCUACCCGGCAUGCAGUUUUAGCCUUGGCCUCAAAUAAGACCCUGCGGGCAUUAGCACACAAGGUCUGGGUACAUGGCUUUCUAGCUUGUCCGCUCCACCCCCGCUGUUACGUUGCCCCGCCGUGCCACAUCGAUACAGGAACAAUCUACAUGGCCAUGGCUGUAAUCAUGGUUAAUCUUCGUCUAUUAUAUACUUGCGAUAGUGGAUAUGGGAGAAUUUCGUAAGUAACGAAGAGAAAAAUAAUGGAAAUCAAAUAUCCUUGGUUAUCCACACGAGGCACAGUCGUGGCGCCAUUACGCCGUACGGGAUCGGAGGGUAUUUCCCCUUUGAGUAAUUGCUCAUAUAUUCAGACGAUCUCUUGUUGAUCGAGCGGAAAAAUACCUAGAGCCAAGAUAGAUGGUGCUAACUCUAUUUUUUAUUGCCGGGCUUAUUCACGUAUUUACGUAUUCAGGAUUUGUAUUACCGGACUUGUACUCCAGUAUUUUAUUUUGUUUCUGAAUAGUGGCUGGGAACAAAUUGAUGGUCAGCGAGACGAAAGUGAUGGUAACAUGGUGUGCUAUGUCAGAUGUUUAAAUGUCAAUUUAAUCCACGCUAGUGCGUAUUUGGUCACACCAAAACUAAAUGCUGAUAUUACGUUCAUAAGAUAACUCAUUAUUUGACCUAGGUACUUGCUUACUUAGUCAAUGAGUGGGUUAUGUUCCAUAUUUAAUUUUGGCUCAGUGUAGUCAAUCCAUUUUACUAUUUAUUUAGUGAUUACUAUACAUUUAUGAAGAAGUAUAGUAAUUGGUUCAAACCGAAUGCUAAUAGGCAAGGGUUCACUAGUCAAGGAUUUAGUGAUUACUUCCUGCAAAGAACCCCAUGAGCUAUCACAUACAUAUAAGUCCUGAGCGGAUAGACGGACGAGACCGACGCUUGUUUAGUGUUGAUGCACGUAUGUAUGUACGGCACCUUUGAAGUUUGAAGGUUGAAGAUUUGAGAUGCUUGAGGGGAUUUUUUCGGGUCAUCUUUCAUAUGUGGGUUUUACUGGAUGGGUUUUGCGGAACGAGUAUGGUUAGUGGGGGGGAUGAGAUGAGAGGGUAAAUUGUUUUUGAGGGUCUGAAUUUAGCCUUUUUUUCCCCUCUUGACUUCGAAAUAU